AACAUUUCAAGACAAGGAGAGGGACAGUGUGAUUGACAGGUGACAUCACAAGGACGCUGUAUAAAAGGUGAAAGUGGGGAAUCUGAGCUCAUUUGGGGAGUUUUCCAAACCUACAUCCAGUCACACGUUCUUCAGAGAGGACACCGAUAUCGACGAUGGCCGAUCACGAACUGGUUCUGAAAUGCUGGGGGGGCGUCGAGGCUGACUUCGAGGGAACCGGAGGAGAAGUUCUGACCCGUCUGUUCAAGCAGCAUCCGGAGACUCAGAAGCUGUUCCCGAAGUUCGUGGGCAUCGCUCAGUCUGAUUUGGCAGGAAACGCAGCGGUGAAGGCCCACGGCGCAACCGUGCUGAAGAAGCUGGGCGAGCUGCUGAAGGCCAGAGGAGAUCACGCCGCCAUCCUCAAACCGCUGGCCACCACACACGCCAACACGCACAAGAUCGCCCUCAACAACUUCAGGCUGAUCACGGAGGUGCUGGUGAAGGUGAUGGCGGAGAAGGCGGGUCUGGACGCGGGUGGACAGAGCGCACUCAGGAGAGUCAUGGAUGUCGUGAUCGGAGACAUCGACACUUACUACAAGGAGAUCGGAUUCGCCGGUUAAAAGACACGCUGAGCGUCACCAACUCAGCAGCAUCACAAAAAAAAAAAAACGCUUGUCUUGUUCAUGCAUUAGUCAGUAGAAAUUACUGUGCAGCUAAUACGAUUAAAAACUAUCUGCAGAGAACAAAUCAUGUCUAAAACCCAAAUAAACAUGCAACUGUUUUUAGUCAGGACAGCGCCAUGUUUCAUUUUGACGGGAACGAAUACGAGGCUGGAGCUUGAUUACAGCGCGUUCACUGGACUGUACUGUCGACAACAUUCUGAUUGUUCAGCUGACCAAACUCAAAACAGCUUCAUCUAGACAAUAACUCAAAAAGCUGUUGAAAAUCAUCCCGCGCAGCCUCGUUUUCAUCUGCGUUAGAUCCAAGAUGGCGCCUGACCUGAUUAACGUAAAUGUGCCUUAGAACGAGCAGAGCCAAUCACGUCAGGUUUAGAAUGUCAGCUGAUCUGAUGACGCAGGCGCGUUAGGGUCUCAGGAGGAGCCUCAGAUUUGGACUACACGUCAUCUGAAUUACAUUCGAAUGAUUGCACAUUAAUAAAACAAGUUCAGUUUGGGAGAAAAUGACGAUUGAAAUUGUUUAAUUCUAAUGACGCCUCUAUUAUUUUGAAAGGCCAUAGAUAUUUGUUUCUCUAAACUUGCUUGGUCUUACUAUUAUUAACCUGCUUUACAAAUCAUUUGCUUUGCUUUUGUUUAGCAACACUUAUUAAUAAACAUCACUUUUAUCUGCUGAAAAA